AUGAUCGCCUGCGACGGCUUGGACGUCGCUGGAGACGGCGAGGAGCGUCGCGCCGACGAGGCGGAGGCUCGGGACGAGCUCGCGUUGAAACUCCUUCGCCAUCGAAGCGCCGGAGCGAGAGAUGCGUUCGCACCAUACGUGGAAUCGAUGCCGAAAAAGUAUAAUCUCUUACAGUCGUGGUCCGAGGACGAGAUCGAGGAGUUGCAGGACGCGCGCGCGAAGGCGUUGGCGUUUCGGCGAAAGGCUGAGACACGCCGAGCGUUUGAGCGCGUGAAAGACCAAGUCAGAGACAUCAUUCGCUCUGGUAGAGACGACGACAAUGUGGUCAAUGAUGAUGAAACCUUCGAUGCGUACGAGUGGGCGCGCGCGACGGUGAGCUCGAGAGCGGUGUCGGUCCCGUUUCACGCCGCGGGAGCGCUCUGUCCAAUGGGAGACAUGUUCAACUACGCGCCGCACGAUCCACCCAUUCUUAUCGAUGUCAUCGGAGCCCCAACGUUCGGGAUGAGAGAAGAAACAACGAGCGAAGGCGAUGCCGGCGCGAAGACGGCGCCGAUUCCGGGUGACGGCGCGUACGACGUUGAGUCGGAGACGUUUGCAUUUAGAACGGCUCUGCAACCGCGUGGACGUGGCGGCGUCGGUACGGGGAUGGAGAUAUACGUUUGCUACGGGGAAUACUCUAAUAUCGAGCUCCUGGACUACUACGGGUUUUGUCUCGCGCCGGAUGAGAACCCUCAAGACGGUUACGUCCUUGAUGUGCGCGUCGACGCCGAGAGAGUCGCCCCGCUCAAAGUUUAUGUCGGUGGGUUCUCUUGGAAUGAUCUCGCGGACGUGCGCAUUGCGUUCGCGACGCGCCGCGGACCGAGGAAGAAUGAGAAGCAUCUAAGAGACGUCGCGCGAAGAGGCGGUGCGCUCGGACUUGACGAAGAGGCGGACGCGUUCGAGGCUAUUCGAGAAGCCGCGGCCGCGGCACUCCUGCACUUCCCUACCACGGCGAAGACGGAUACGGAGGCGCUCGAGGAUGUCGAGAAGAUGAGCGUGUUGAGUGAAAACGUCAAAUUAGCCAUCACGUGGCGCCUGUGCGCGAAAAGAAUACUCCAGCGCGCGUACAAGUGGGCGGACGCGCGUGUGACGGAGUGCGCGGCUGCACGCGAUGUCUCACGAGGCGUCUCGCGAGUCUCCCUCGCCCGCGUCUCCACGCCGAAACCGUGCUGA